GGUUUAUGGCAGCCGAAGCCGGGCGCGGGAAAUAUUUGUGGCCCUGUUCUCCCCCAGCACCCAGCACUGCUCUGACUCAAGAAAAAGGGGCCAGGCUGGUUUUGCUGGCUCCCAGAAAUGUGCUGUCAUUAAAAAAAAAAAAAAAAAAAAAAAAAAAAAGCCCCAAUUCCACAAUUCUACCCACCCUGUGCUGCAAAAUUCCCCUAUAUAAAUGCAAACCCCUGUUGCAAAUCAGCGCCCGGGUGCAAGAGCUUGUGUCGCCACCCUAGUGCCUGGUGAUGGGCUGGCUCCCCAGCAAACGAGGGGUUAAUGGAGGAGGUAUUUCUGGGUUUUUAUAACCAUUGCAGCCAGACUGGAAAGGUGAGGCAGGAAAAGGGCAACGCCUUCGCCUGGGCGAGAGCCGCACAUGGUGCCGGCAGCUGCCUGCCCUGGCCCAGCGGGUGCAGAUCCGCACGGAUCCAGCGUGCUGGGGAAGUGAGUCACCCCCCUCCAUCAGCCCCCCAGCAGGGCCGCGGCGGACGCCCAGAGGCUCCGACUGCGCAGCGGCAGGAUCCCAGCCCAGCAAGUUCCGAAGGGACCCCGGACCUUCUCCUGAAAGGAGCCGAUGCGAUGGAAGGAGAUCAGCCCCCUCUGACUGCAGAGCUGACCACCCCCUUCCUGAAGAAGGCUCACACCCCACCUCUCCAUGAAGAUGCCAACACCGUGGUCAUCGCAGUGGUCAUCACCCUGGUGUUCCUCACCCUGCUGACGGUCCUGGUGGUGAUCAUCACCUACCUGUACAGAAACAAAGGCAGCUACCUCACCUACGAGCAGCCAGCGGCAGAGACCGACAUGUCGGUGCCGAUGGAGGACGCUCCGGCCAAGGAGAAAGAAGAGUAUUUUAUCUAACCACAGGCCCAGCACACACCUCUCGGAUGCACUCAGGUCCAAGUUGCCUCAAUUUCCUGGAGUUGGGAAUCUACAAGCUGCUUUCCUUUUUUUUUUUUUUUUUUUUUUCUUCCUUCCUUCCCCUUAAUUUAUUAAGCCCAUCACGGAAGGAAAAACGAGUAGGUGUGUGUCAGAGCCUUGCCCGCUGCAGACCAAGGGCAGGGAGAGCUUCAGCUCGGGGGAGGAGAGCAGGCACGGCCGCGCUCCGGCUGCUCGCACCCACCCCAGCUCCUCCCUUUGGUGCUUUCUAAUACAGCCCAGUGAAAAACGC